GUUCGGCUUCGGUCCUACCGCCGCCGCGUCGUGGGAGGAUAAUCGAACUGCUUCCCUUCUCGUCUUCCCUAACCUUUCCGUCCUUCCCGGAUUAUUUCCAUCACCAGAGCGUAUCGCGUCGUCUCCUCUCUAUCCGAUUCCGCCCGCGGACCCAGGCUCCCGCAUGGACGCUGCCGGCGGGGUGGAGGCCGCCGCCAACGGCGGGAUCGAGGGCUCCGCCGACCCCUGCAGCUCAGGCGGUGCCGGCGGGUACAGGCGCUCCGUCCACCAGAUCGCCGGCGGCGGGAAAGCUGCUGAUAUCAUCUUAUGGAGGCGAGCGCGUGUUACAUUUGGUGUUAUAUUUGGUGCUACUCUGGCAUGGUGGUUGUUUGAGAAGUCUGGACUAUCAUUAUUAACUAUCUGCUCUGAUAUACUUCUCAUCUUGAUAGUUCUGCAGUUCAUAAGGGUUAAAAUAGCUGGACUGCUAGAUAGGCAGCCUAGGCCACUACCUGAGUUAGUUUUAUCAGAGGAGAUGGUUAGCAAUGCUGCGGCUUCAUUCCGUGUGAAAGUGAACAGCAUGCUGAUGAUAGCGCAUGACAUUACUCUUGGCAAGGACUUCAGGCUAUUUUUCCAGGUCGUGAUUGUCUUGUGGCUGUUAUCUGUCAUUGGAAAUUUCUGCUCGUCUAUCACUCUUGCUUACAUAGGAACCGUUGCUUUGGUCACAAUGCCUGCAUUGUACAACAAGUACCAGAGGCCUGUUGAUAGGUAUGCUGGGAUGGUCUACCGGAACAUUUCGAGGCAUUACAAGAUAGUUGAUGAGAAUGUGAUCAGUAGACUACCGAGAAGGUUUAUCAGAGAUAAAGAGGACUGAUACUCUGAAAAAUGAACUCGCUAAGCUAGUCAGGUAAUCUUUUACCUACAUUGUCAGACCUUACAUGGUGUGAAACUAUAGAGCUACGAAAACAGAGAACGGCAUGGAACCUACAGUAGAUACCGUUGCAGUGUACUCUUGGGCAAAGGUUUGAGACGAAAUUAAAAUGUAUAGCUUUCUGUGUUAGCUCUUUGCAACGAACUGGCUAAAUGUUGUUAAAAAUAACAAAAGCAAUUGUCAUGGGAAGUUGAAAAUGAAGUGGUUGUAACU